AUGGACAAGAAUGAGAUAUUUCUUCCUCCGUCGAAUGGCGACCAGAAUUACCAGGACACGCUAGAGCAACUGGACCAGUUUGUUGACAGCCUGAACUCACAGGGGUUGCCAAAUAACCAAGCACAGGACCAUCCGUCACCGUUCGGGUUCCACGAGUACAAAAAUGCCCCUGCUCUGAACGUAGAUGCUGCGGACUUCGAGCCGUGGGAGAACGGCCACUCCUUUAGCGCUAAUGAUUUUUCCGAGGCGGCCUUGAGCCCGCAAGGUCUUCCUCCCGUGGAAAGGUCGGUAAGCAUUGGAGGGGCCAGCGUGCACAGUAACAGCUAUCAAUACUCGUCUCCACAGGUGCACCCGAUGCUAUCGACUUCGAUGAACCGCCGCUCAAACAGUAUCAGCAAUCAGGGCCGCAGCUACAGCUCCCAGUUCGGCACAUCGUUGAACAACCUUAUUUCCCCAGCGUCUACCUACGAUGGACUUCUAGACUCCCCGUACGGUUCGUACCAAGGUGGGAGCUUUACAGACUCCUAUCUGAAAUCUCCGAUUAAUUCUCCGUCUCACAAAUCGAUUGGGUCGCCCGCAUCAAUUGGCACACACAUGAACCCAAAAAACGCCUUAAGCAAAGAGAGUAAGCUCAGUCGCCGCCGAGAACUACACAAUGCUGUGGAAAGACGACGCAGAGACCUGAUCAAGGAGAAAAUAAAAGAGCUGGGUACUCUUAUUCCACCCUCGCUACUGAAUAAUUUCACCAAGUCCAAGAACAACCCCAACAAAGAGAUAAAGGCCAACAAAAGCACCAUACUGACAAAAUCCAUUGAGUACAUAGGUUACCUGAGAGAGAUUUCGGGUAGCCAGGACGAAAGACUCAAUUCAUUGCGACAACGAAUCGACGAACUGUCUUCAGGAACGACCUCGGAGCCGCCUGCCUAUCAGCCACCAACACAGCCUGUUCCCCAGACUCAGCCAACUCAGUCGCCGGAGUAUGACGAGUCGUACUCCACCUCAGACGCGAGGUCUUCUGAGGAGCCGAAACCGGACUUCCAGGAUUUCAAAGUGGAGGACCCUGAAGCGUUUUUCCAGGAGUUGUUGAAGGAGCCCGCCGGCCAAACGUGGAUGACAUAA